CCCUUAUCAACGCCGAGAGAGAGAGAGGGAGAGGUGAGCUCGCUCUCCUCCAAUGGCUCGUUGAAUCGCGAUUGAGGCGUUUAAAGUACCAUAAAAAAUAAGAAAUAAGAAAAAAGGAGGAGAGAGAGAGAGAGAGAAGAAGAAGAAGAAGGAGAAGGAAGAGGAAGAGGAAGGGGGAUUGAAACCCUAGGGGGAAUUGAGGACGGCUGCCAUGGCGACGCCACAGGCGGGUGACGGGGUCCUCGCCCUGAUGCCGCAGGAGGUGGCGAACUCGGUCGAACCGGCGCCUUCGUCGCCACCGCCGGCGGCGGCGGCGGCGGCGUCACUCAAGGGUUCGGCGGAGAAGUCCCCGAUCCUGAUCUUCCUCUACUUCCAGAAGGCCAUCCGGUCGGAGCUCGACCGCCUCCACCACGACGCCGUCGAGCUCGCCACGGACGGCAGCGGCGACGUCCGCUCCCUUGCGGAGCGCUGCAUCUUCCUAUUCGACAUCUACCAGCACCACUGCAACGCCGAAGACGCGGUUAUCUUUCCAGCUCUUGAUACACGCGUCAAGAAUGUGGCUAGAACGUAUUCUCUAGAGCAUGAAGGGGAAAGCCAUCUUUUCUAUUUUGUGUUUGUUUUAUUAAAGUCACAUAUGACACAUGAUGAUCGUCUUCGGAGAGAACUAGCUCUUCGUAUUGGAGCAAUAAAAGCAUUAUUUAGCCAGCAGAUGCCUAAGGAGGAAAAGCAGGUAUUUGUUUCAGAGGAUCAUUUCCGAAGAGAACUAGCCUCCCGCACUGGAGUCAUAAGAACGGCACUUGUCCAGCAUAUGUGUAAGGAAGAAGAGCAGGUCUUUCCCUUGCUUAUAGAGAAGUAUUUAUUUGAAGAGCAGGCUGAUCUGGUUUGGGAGUUCUUAUGUAGCAUCCCUGUGGAUAUGAUGACAAAGUUCCUUCCUUGGCUUUCAUCUUCUGUUUCACCUGAGGAACACCAAGAUAUGAUCAACUGUUUGAGGAAGAUAGUACCAAACGAAAAACUUCUUAAACAGGUCAUAUUUACUUGGAUUGAAGACAAAAGCAUGGCUGACAUGGGAAAAAGUCAUGUUGAUGAUUCUCUAUCACAGAGUUCUAUUGAUGACACUGAGAAGUAUGCCUGUCUUUCUGAUCUUUCCAGGACUGGGAAGAGAAAACAUGACGAACCAGACAGCAAAGCUAUUGAUCUUGGGUUGUACCCGAUAGAUGAAAUAUUGCAUUGGCAUAAUGCUAUUAGAAAAGAAUUAAAUGAAAUAGCAGAAUGUGCAAGGAAAAUACAGCUUUCUGGAGAUUUAUCUGAUUUGUCUGUCUUCAACACAAGGCUUCAAUUUAUUGCUGAUGUGUGCAUCUUUCAUAGUUAUGCUGAAGACCAAGUAAUAUUUCCAGCAGUAUCAGAUGGAAUGGAAUUCCUUUUGCUGGACCAUGCAAAUGAAAAAAUUCAGUUUAACAAGUUUAGGUGCUUAAUUGAAGAAAUCCAGAGUGCAGAGGCCAAUUCUACUUCUGUAGAAUUCUAUUCUGAGUUUUGUUCGCAUGCUGAUCAAAUAAUGGAUACUAUUCAGAAGCAUUUCCAUAGUGAGGAAGCUGAGGUUCUUCCUCUUGCCAGGAUGCAUUUUUCUUCUGAGAAACAGUGUAAGCUUCUUUUCAGAAGUCUGUGUGUUAUGCCCUUGAAACUGUUAGAGCGUGUUUUACCAUGGUUUGUUGCGAACUUAAGUGAUAAGGAGGCAAGUCAGUUUCUCCAGAAUAUGCAUCUAGCUGCCUCAUCAUCUGAAGAUGCACUGGUCACCCUUUUUUCCGGUUGGGCGUGCAAGGGUAGGAGCGAGGAUAUUACCAGAUCUGGCAAGUUCAUAUGCUUGACUUCAAAAGCAAUCUGUUGCUUCCCUUUAGAAGACGGUACUGAGUCGGAAGAAGAUUGCAGACAUAAUUUCUGUUCAUGUUCUUGUCUACUUGGGUGUGAGAAAGGCUUGACAAUUCUGAAAUCUGAGAACAAUGCUAGGCCUAUUAAACGAGGCAACUUUUCAGGAUUAUAUGGAAAUUCUGGUGAAAUCAACACUUCAGAAAGUAAUGAAAUCUACAGUGUGUCAUGUAGCCAAAAGUCAUGCUGUGUACCAGCGCUGGGAGUUGCUAGCGCCAACACUGGAAUAAGUUCACCUGAUGCUUCAAAGUCUCUGCUUUUUUCAUCUUACAAUUCUUCUGCCCCUUACUUUAAGUCCAGUCUCUUUGUUCCAGAGAUGGAAUUGAAUUUAUGUAGUAUAGAGAACACUUUGAGGCCAAUUGACAACAUAUUUAAAUUUCAUAAGGCGAUUAGCAAAGAUGUGAAGUAUUUGGAUGAUGAAUCCGGAAACCUUAUACCUUAUGUUGAUACUGUUCUUCGGCAGUUCAGUGGAAGAUUUCGCUUGUUAUGGGGUCUAUACAGAGCUCAUAGUAAUGCUGAGGAUGAUAUUGUUUUCCCAGCUUUAGAAUCAAGAGAAACACUUCAUAAUGUGAGUCAUUCAUACACCCUUGACCACAAGCAGGAAGAAAAGCUAUUUAGAGAUAUUUCUGUGGUGCUUUUAGAGCUCUCACAACUGCAUGAUGGCUUGGGAAUGAACAUCAGUAAAGAUACUGCAAGGGGAAGCAAUUCUGAUUCUCAUGUAGUUGAUCAGACUAGAAAACAUAAUGAGCUUGUCACUAAGCUUCAAGGAAUGUGCAAAUCUCUACGAGUUACUCUUGAUAAUCAUAUCUUCAGAGAAGAGCUUGAAUUAUGGCCAUUAUUUGACAAGCAUUUUUCAGUGGAUGAGCAAGAUAAGAUUGUUGGACGAAUAAUAGGAACAACAGGUGCAGAGGUCCUCCAAUCGAUGCUACCAUGGGUAACUUCUGCUCUUAGUCAAGAGGAACAGAAUAAGAUGAUGGAUACAUGGAGACAGGCAACCAAAAACACCAUGUUUAAUGAGUGGCUAAAUGAGUGGUGGAAGGAUACUCCCUCAUUGUCUACAGAUGCAACAGAGAGUUCUGGUCUUCCAAAAGAGGCUGAUCACCAAGAAAGUCUCGAGCAAAGUGACCAGAUGUUCAAGCCUGGUUGGAAUAAUAUAUUUAGGAUGAAUCAGAAUGAGCUCGAAUCAGAGAUAAGGAAGGUUUCACGAGAUCCAACAAUUGAUCCACGAAGAAAGGCAUAUCUUAUACAAAACUUAAUGACAAGUCGCUGGAUAGCUGCUCAGCAGAAAUUACCUCAGGCUAGAACUGAGGAAGCUACAGAAGGAGAAGACAUACCUGGAUGCUCUCCAUCCUUUCGAGAUCCGGAGAAACAAAUAUUUGGCUGUGAGCAUUACAGGAGGAACUGCAAACUUGUUGCUGCAUGUUGUAACAAAUUGUUCACAUGCAGAUUUUGCCAUGACAAAGUCAGUGAUCAUUCAAUGGACAGGUGUACUUUGGCAUGAUUGAUGCCUUGUUGGCUGCUGAAGAGCUUCCUGAAGAGUAUCGGGAUCGAU